AUGAACGCUCCGGCACCAUUCGAAUCGUUUCUGGUAUUUGAUGGUGAGAAGAAGGUAGCUAUCGAAAAAGACACUAAAGUACCUAACGCUGCUAUAUUUACUGUAAACAAGGAAGAUCACACGAUUGGAAAUCUUCUCAAACACCAGCUGUUGAAAGAUCCGCAAGUAUUAUUCGCUGGUUAUAAGUGUCCACAUCCACUGGAGCAUAAGUUUGUCCUCAGAGUACAAACAACAUCUGAUACCACCCCUGCGGACGCGCUUACCAGUGCUAUCACUGAUCUUAUGGCUGAGCUCUCCUUAUUUGAAGAACGAUUCAGAGCUUCAUCCUCUUCAUCAUCAUUCUGCCCAACCAUAUUUCGUGUACGUCGAAAACGAACUGCUGAUCCACAUGGGGCUUUGGUUAUUUCAUUGAAGCGCGCAAAACAAAUACCAGUCGUAGCGGAACCGAUCAUUUGUUUUCGCGCUUCAACAACUGACUUAAAGCUGGAGUUCAGUGGUGCUAUUCAUUCACAACAUUUCAACAUCAUCGAUGUGGAUCCACAUCAGGACACUGUGAAUACAAAAAGAUCACCAUCGCCCUACACUGAUGAAGCAACAGAGAACAGUAGCAGUAAGAGUGACGUUUCAUCCAGUAAUCCUUUGGAACUAAUGAAAGAUUUUGUGGAAGAACCAUCGUCUAGCAUCAAGGUAAUUGGUGAGACGACCAUCAAAUCGAGUCAAAUAACAUUAAAUGGAGAGCCGUUGGUUGCGCUAAGCAAUCAAGAUGAUGAAGUUCGCUUAGCAAAUGCUGAUGAUUUAUUGUGUGAUGGUGAAGAUACAGAAAGCAGUGCAGAAGACGAUGAGGAUUCGAAUGAUGAGAAUAACUGGCGUAACGAUUAUCCUGAUGAAUC